AUGAACCCACAACAAUAAUCAAAAACAAAAGUGUUUAAUAACUAGUAUGCAAUAGUAAAAAAGCUUUCUUCUGGAUCAUUUGGAGUAGUAUUUUUGGGUUAGGAUAUAAUCUCAAAAUAAGAUGUUGCUAUUAAAGUGGAAAAAGAAGAGAAUGAGGAGGUUAAAUCUUUAGAUAGGGAAGUGUAAAUUAUAAAGAUUUUAGAUGGAGUGGAAGGAUUUCCAAAAUAUUAUUGGUCAGGGGAAGAUCUUGGUUAUAACAUACUUGUUAUUUAAUUGUUAGGAAAAGAUUUAGCUUUCCAUUUCAAAUAGCUUAAGAAAUUCAAUCUAAAAUCAGUUUUAACUAUUGGAAUCUAAGCUGUAAAUCUUUUAGAGAGAGCUCAUUCAAAAGGAGUAAUACAUAGAGAUUUGAAACCUGAAAAUAUGAUGUUGGGAGUAGGGAAUGAAAUUUCUAAGUUAUAUUUGAUUGAUUUUGGAAUCAGUAAAGUUUAUAGAGAUGCUAAUGGAAGACAUAUGUAAUUAUUUAAAUUAAUUUUAGUAUGUUUAAAGAUUAAAAGUCAUUUCUAGGAACCACUAGAUAUGCUUCAAUAGCAGCUCAUUUAGGUCAUGAAUUAGGAAGAAAAGAUGAUUUAGAGUCAUUAAUGUAUAUAUUACUAUAUUUUUUGCGUGGGUAAAGAGUAAUUAUAAAAAAGUUAGUUACCUUGGUAGAACAUGGUCAAUGUAACAGAUGAUGAAAGAACAUAAAAGGUUGGAGAAUUAAAACUAUCACUUGAAAGUGAAUUGUUUAAAGAUUAAGUUCCAGAGUUUUAAAUGAUUUUUAGGUAGAUUUAUUCAUAUUAUAUUAAAAUAGUACUAUUAGAAAAUUACAAUUUAAAUAAGAACCUGAUUAUAGGAUGAUUGUAUAAGAAUUAAGAAAGGCUGCAGAAACAUUAAAUAUUAAUAUAGAUGGUAAUUAUGAAUGGUCAGAAAUCAAAUAAUCUACACAUUAUUAAUCUGAUACAAAUUAAAAUUUGAGUAAAUAAAAUAUUUAGUUUAACAAUUCUAAUGAGAUGAAAAAAUCUAUUGAAAAAUAAUUAUCAGGUGCUAUUUAACAUGGGUAAAAGGAUUUGUUAAAUAUGAGCUCUUAAAACUUUUUAGCACCACCUCCAUUAUCUUCAAGGAAUAAUACUUUUUAAAGAGAUGAUAUUAGAAAGAAUUCUAGUUUGACUUAAUAAAGUAGUAUUGGAAAUUAUUGUUAAUCAUUGAAUCCAAAUUAUUAGAAAUCAAUUUGUGAUGAUCCUUUAGGGAGUAGAUAGGAUAUUUUAUAAAAUAAAUAAUUAAGUUUUGAUGAUGAAAAGAUAUCAAAUUUUGAAAGUAAUGAAAUUAUAGAGAAUAUUGAUGGUUAGGAGCCCUUAAUUUAAAAGUAUGAGAAAGUGAAGAAAGGAAUUAAAAUGUAUAUUUUUUAUUUUUAUUUUAGUAAUCUUAUUUAAAGUUUAAGAAAGAAAUAAAAAUGA